GUGUGUUCGGUCGCGGGUCCAACAGAACGCAGAACCGCUGCUAGCAUGGCAACAACUUGUCCCCCUUCAGCUCUCCUCUUCUCCGUUUAGUUAAAAAAAAAACAAAACAAAACGGUUCACUUCGACGAAGACACGCCGGAGAGUUGAUUAAAACGCGUCGGGGGAGAAGUGCGUCAUAAUAGAGCUGUUUUUAUUUUUUUAAAAGGUGGGGGGAAGUACAAGUAGUAGUAGUAGUAGUAGUAGUAGUACGUAGUGGUAGUAGUAGAGGGGGAAAGCUUGCUAACUAGUAACGCUAGCCAGAUUUGGGAGAUAAGGAACACAAGAGCUCACGUCCAGGCCAUGGCCUCAACCGAGGAAUGGGAGUGACGUGACACGUCUCGAGCUAGCGUCAUGCUUUUCUGCUGAUACGACGACGACGGAUGCUCGCGACAAUGGACGAGUCGGUGCUGUUGGAUUUGCUGGAGUGCCCCGUGUGCCUGGAGCGCCUGGACGCUUCUGCCAAGGUCCUGCCCUGUCAGCACACCUUCUGCCGCCGCUGCCUGCAGGGCAUCGUGGGCUCCCGCGGCGAACUGCGCUGCCCGGAGUGCCGCACGCUGGUGGAGUGCAGCGUGGACGAGCUGCCCAGCAACAUCCUGCUGGUGCGCCUGCUGGACGGCAUCAAGCAGAGGCCGCGCAGGGCCGCGCCCGUAGCCGCCAACGGCAGCGGCGGGGCCGCGGCCAGGGCGCACGGCGGCGGAACCCGCGGUGAGCAGGGUGCGCCUGGAGCACAACCUCAGCGGGCCCAAGCGAAGAGCACUCUUGUCCGGGGCGUCCCGCAGCUGCCGUGUGCCAAGGCGCUCUACAACUACGACGGCAAGGAGCCCGGCGACCUCAAGUUCAGCAAGGGCGACCUGAUUGUCCUGCGCCGGCAAGUGGACGAGAACUGGUACCACGGCGAGUUGGGCGGCGUGCACGGCUUCUUCCCCACCAACUUCGUGCAGGUCAUCAAGCCGCUGCCGCAGCCGCCGCCGCAGUGCAAGGCGCUGUACGACUUUGAGCUCAAGGACAAGGAGGCCGACAAGGACUGCCUGCCGUUCGCCAAGGAUGACAUACUAACUGUGAUCCGCCGGGUGGACGAGAACUGGGCGGAGGGAAUGCUGGGAGAUAAAAUUGGAAUUUUCCCCAUCUCUUACGUGGAGUUCAACUCCGCAGCCCGGCAGCUCAUCGAGUCGGACAAGCCCUCCGACGCAAACGGCGAUACGGGCGAGGGGGCCUCCUCGGGGCCGCAGAGCAACGGCGGCCACCGGGACAAGAAGAACACCAAGAAACGACAUUCCUUCACCUCCCUCACCAUGUCCCACAAACCCGUUCUGGCCCCGCCCCCGCAACGCCACUCCAUGGAGAUCAGCGGCCCGGUGCUCAUCAGCUCCAGCAACCCCACUGCCGCCGCCCGGAUCGGCGAGAUCAGCGGUGGGCUCUCCUGCAGCGCACCUUCACAGGUUCACAUUUGCACAACCGGACUGAUCGUGACACCGCCCCCGAGCAGUCCCGUCACCACAGCGACCGUCUUCACGUUUCCCUCGGACACCGGCUACACACCCAUUCCGCUGGACGCUCUGCCGCCACCGCCGCCUCCUCCACCGCAGUCGUGCGCCGGAGGUGCUGGGUACUCGCUGGUAGCGGGCCAGAGGCCCUCGCCUAGCGUUGGCGACCAGGGCGGCAGACAAAGACCCACAGUCUACGUGGCCAUGUUCCCCUACGCCCCCCGCAAGGAGGACGAGCUGGAGCUGAGGAAGGGGGAGAUGUUCCUGGUGCUGGAGCGCUGUCAGGACGGCUGGUUCAAAGGCACCUCCAUGCACACCGGCAAGAUCGGAGUCUUCCCGGGGAACUACAUGAGUCCGGUCAGCAGGUUGGUUCAAGGGACGGCGUCAGGGGGCGGCCAGGCCAAGUUACCGACGCAGGCGGGCAGAGGAAUCACCAUAGUCAGCCCCUCGUCCGGCCACCAGGGAGCCGCCGCCGCGGCGGUCCCCGACUCCGCCAAGCACCCCCCCGCCGUCGGUGCCGUCACCUCGGUCGCCGUUCAGCCCGCGGCGGCCGUGACGGCGGCUCAGACCGCGACCGGCCAGCAGCCCAAAGUGCCGUUGCACGUCAGCUCGCAGAUGACGGUCAACCAGGCUCGCAACGCCGUCAGGACAGCUGGAUCCCACGGUCAGGACCGCUCCAUCCAGUCGGCACCCCCCGGAAGCUUCCUCCCGCACCUGACGGCGUGCCCCCAGCCCUCCCCGGGCCCCGCCCAGGGCUGCGCUCGGGCGGCGGUGUCGCUGGGCUGCGCCGCCGCCUCCCUCACCCCGCCCAAUGUCUGUGCCGCCUCCCUGGACGGAGACGCCCUGCGACCCGUGCCCGUCCUCGCCGCGACCGGCGCCGCCCUCGCCUGCCGCCUGGACAAAGACAUGAAGAGAGAAAAGAAAAGUCUUCUGAAGCUGCUGUCCAACAAGAAGAAGUCGCGCCAGUCGCCGCCUUCCUCGCCCACGCUCGAGACGGAGCAAGACGCCACCGGAGAGUCGGCCCAAGGUGCCGCGGGCCCCGAGGGCUCCCUUCCCUCCGCCGCCAUUGGCGGCCACGACGCGGACGCCGGCUCGCCGUCGUCAUCGUCCGCCUCCUCCUCUUCUUCGUCGGACCCCUGCACCCAUCGGAGGACCGCCGCGCUGGACGGGAGCGCUCCCAUUGCUCCGCCUCCUCGCCAGCCGUGCUCCUCGCUGUCAUCGGUGCAGCAUGACGCCCGGCCCAUCAUCUGCGAGAGGUACAGGGUGGCGGUGUCGUACCCGCCGCAGAGCGAGGCCGAGCUGGAGCUGAAGGAGGGCGACGUGGUGUUUGUGCACCGGAAGCGCGAGGACGGCUGGUUCAAAGGAACGCUGCAGCGGAACGGCAGGACCGGAUUGUUCCCCGGCAGCUUCGUGGACAGUAUCUAAGCCGCCUUUUUUUUGUUUGUUUGUUUCAUAAUUUAUACCCUUCAAUGUGUGCCUUGUACUGUUCAUCACUUUAUUGUACAUAAGGACACAGAGAGGAUUUCGUCUCGGACGAACAAAUAUUCUGUUAAUAUAGAUAUGUUACUCUUUUUCUUUUUUUAACUUAUUUCAACAAGUAGUGGCCUCUUUUGGGUGGUUCAAAGGGUUAAACUGGCACGUGCUCUCAUUUGAUUGGUGGCCAUUUUGAUGCGGGUGGCUCUCAAUAAAUUACAAAAUGCCGGAAUACUAUAUUAUUAAUAUUUCAGUAGUUCAGUGUGAAAAGUGAUCAUUUGGAGGCUUGCCAAAAGAAUAUUUUCUUCAUUGACAGAAUUUCAAAUUUGGAUUAAUCCAUUCAAAUUCCCAAAAUAUGCACGUCUGAACUUUUCCACCUUUUUUUAAAAAAAAAAAAAAAUUAUUGACAUGCUAAGUCAAAUCAAGCCUCGACGGAAAUAUUCCAAAUUCAUCCGAGGCUCCUCCAGCUUCUCCGGAAACGACUCGCCGUCCCGCUGUCGUGUUCCACGGGCCGGACGAGCCGUGCUGCUAAUCAAACUCCCGCCGACGUAGCUCUGCCUCAGUAGAGUGACUUUUUAUUGUUUUAAUUCCCGUUUUCGUUGUUUUAUUUUUAUCGUCGCGACAAAAUGCUGCUCCUGGACAGUUGUAGCAACCUCACGACUCUUUAAUGUGACUCGGCCAGCGUGACGCAACAAAGCACAUUUGCCUCGCUUUCGGAACAUGCUGGAAUACUUUAGAGAGAGAAAGAGAGACCAUCGUUACGAUUGAUCCCUUUUGAUUGUCUUUGUAUUGACUUGAAUUACUGUAACAUUUCUUUUGCGAAAUGAGAGAUUUAUUUGUAUUUGCGUGUAGGAGAAACAACACUGUUAGCGGUUAGCAUUAGCAUUUUUUUUUUUUAAUUGUAUUUUGUUAUAAUAUAGUUAACCCCUGCAUAUUUGCAUUUCAGCGUAGACAAAUUCACCUGUUCACAGAUUUUUGGGGGUGGGAACAUAUCCGCCGUUAUUUACGGAAGCCCCCGCUAAAUCGUGUUUUUUUUUAUCGUUGAGGGGGGCGAUCCACCACUUGUUAUUUUUCAGAAAAAAAAAUGUUUUGCUUGCAUGACAAUUAUCGCAGAAUUUUUGACGUUUAUGGGCCGGGGAAUAGCGGCGGCCCACUGCGAUCGGUCCAGCAGAUAACAGAUUCAUAAACCGUAAAAUGUUGAACAAUGCAUCUGUUGCGUCAUAUGUUUUCAUAUAAUUAAUCUAAAAUUGGCACAAUUCUGAUAAAUGGUUUCCCGUCCCUUCUGAAGUUUAGUGAUUGAUGGUUCACUGUUUACUGUUGUAAUCUUUCUCGAUGCGCCAUGAUAUCGUAUCUCAAAACGUCAACAACAUUAAGAAUCAUUCUAAAUAAUAAUGUCUUAAAAAUAUUUUUUCCAUGUUGGCGGUUUUGGGGCUCUAAGCUGCUUUUUUAAAGUUUGACUUAAGAUAGGGGAGAAAAAAAAUCAUUCAUUUAAUUUCAUUCAAAAUUAGUUGUAAUAUUACAAGAUUUUUUUUAAUGGGAAUAAUGUCAUAUUACUUGGAGGAAAAAAAUAUGUACUGUAGAAAUUAUUACAUUUUAUUUUUAUAAAAUGUGUUCAUUAAAAAAUGCUAUUCUGGUAAUUAUUACAUUAUGUUAUGAAAUUAUCUUUAUAAACACUUUUUUUUCAUGACUUAUUUCCAAACUCCACCUAUAUUCUUGGAAUAUUUUUCACAUUUUUUUCCUUCAUAACGUGACUUUUCAUUCCUCUAAAAAUACUUGUAACAUUCUCAUAAACACUUUAUUGGCACACCUUUUCCUGACUUAAUGAAAAAAUACACCAUAAUUCUUGUAAUGGUUUUAAAGGUUUUCCUCAUAAAAUGGUGUUUGUUUCAUUUCAUAAAAUACAACUAUUCGAAGAUGACUUUUUUGGGAAAUUACAAUAUCACAACCUCAUAAAAUUACAAUUUUAUUUCAGUAGAUACAGCUUUUUAUGCUUUUUUUUUUUUUAAAGAUUUUUUUUUUUUCAGUAUCACAUUUCCCCAUGAAUGAAUGACUUUAUUCAGAUAAUAUUACAACUCUAAGCAAUGCACCUUUGUUAUUGUUUUAUGUUCUAAUGGGGGUGGGAUGACUGGUUAGCAUGUAUGCCUCACAGUCCCGAGGUUGCAGGUUCAAAUCUGGUGGACUUUGCACCUUCUCCGCGUGCCUGCAUGCAUUUUCUGCAGGUACUUUGGUUUUCCUCCCACAUCCCAAACCCAAAACUCGCAUAGUAGCUUAAUUGAAGUCUCGAAAUUGCCCAUAGGUGCGAAUGGUCGUUUUUUUUUUUUUUUUUUUUGUCUGUGCCCUGCGAUUGGCUGGCGACCAGUUGAGGGCGUAACCCUUCUCCGGCCCGAAGAUAGCUGGGAUGGGCUCCAGCACGCCUGCGACCCGCCUGAGGAUAAACGGUACGCAAAACAGAUGAAUGAAAUCGAUCCUCUUGUCAUUCUACCGUUUUUUUUUUUUUUUUUUUUUUGUGGCCUUAACACUCUUUUUGUUUUUUUUUAUAGUUUUCAAACAUACUGUAUCGUGGUGUUUCACCACCGUGACGUUCUUCAGCUGAACAGAUGUAAAGACAAAAAAAAAGAAAGUAAAAAAU